UGUUGAGUCACUUCCUCUCAGAGGACGUUCAGCUCCGGACGUGCGGGCUUAAUUUAUAGGAAGGAUACCGUUAUAGGACGGAGAAUGUUUUUCACACCGACAACAUUUCAGAUACGGUUUUUUUUAAUCAUUUGUACUAUAAUGUAAUGAAUACCAGAGAACUCGUCUUUUCUGACUUUGGCCUCGUCCUUUAUUUUGUCCUCUGACCGGACUGACGUUUUUUCCCUGCUGUUUAUAACAUACAGCCAAGAAUAACACAAAAUGUGGUACAGGAGUGAUUUAGAAGACGGAUACGAGUCUACUAAAACAGGCUCCAGUGGCGGUGGAUCUCCAGGAUGGGUUCCUGGCCAUGAAUCAGCCUGGCACAGUAACCCUCCUGGUCCUGGGAACAGUAUCUGUGGUGGGCGCAGACACAGCACGGUGUCUGACAGUGGGGACACUGGCAUUGGCACAUACUGCUCUGACAGCGUGGAAGACGACUCCAGUUCCAGUACCACGCCUCUGUCCUUCCAGCCGCUGUCCCAGCAUCACUUGGGCCAGGAUGAUAGCGCCGUCCCUUUUGUCCACGUCAUGCUAUCCCCGUCCUCCUCACCCUACACCAGUUUUAGAGUUCCAGCCUCACCCAGCAGCUCAGGUCGUUGGAGCAGGUCUUGCCAGCUGCUUACACCAGCCAUAUCUCCCCUGAGUGCACCAAGCUGUCUGGACAUGAAGGACCACCAGCCCAUCAGGAGGUGGUCCUCCCUCACCAAGUUGUCAUCUGGGGCUGAUAAAAGCUCCACUAGGACAUCAUGUGAUCAGUACAAGGCAGAUUCACACGGCUCCCUGGACAGAAAUCUGCUCUAUGGGUAUAGAAAAGAGCCUGCUCGGGCAAACGUGGACCUUUAUCUGCCUUUAUCCUCUUCCAUGCUCUGCCACAGCCUGCUGCAGCGCUCACCAGGAGCUGGCCCCUGUUACCGGUACAACCACAGCAGUAGAUCCAGUGGUUUGGACACAGACCUGUCCCUUUCCUCAGCUCUGUCGUCUUCAGUCAAGCACAGCAGUUUGGACAUGAACUACAGUGCUUUACCAGAAGCUAAACUGUCUCGGGGAGGUACACAGGGUUAUGGCCUCAGCUUACCCAAACAAGCAGACUCUCCACUGGGUCAUCAGACUGACAGAGGCUCCCCGAUUCAGCCCUCAGUCCGCACCCAGAUGUGGCUGACUGAGCAGAUGGAGUACAGACCCAAAGGAGAGAGUGUAGGAGGUCAGAUCAGUAUUGCUGGGACAGAGGUCUGCGGCGGAGAUGGUCCGUUAUCAUGUCAGCAGGGACAUCAGCAAGAACCAGGGCUUAGUCAGAUGCUGAUGGGGAGCUCCCUUCCAGUCAACACUCUGGUGAAGGUUAAAGAGGGGCUGUUGAGACAGAGAGAGCUGGAGAUAGAGAGACAGAAGCAGCAGAUCUUGCAGCUCCACGCUCGGAUCAGAGAGAAUGAGCUCAGAGCUCAGCAGGUCCUGCAGAGCCAGAGAGGAUGGUUUGAUGAGCCACACAUCCCAAGUACUAAGUUUUUCCAACAGGAAUCAGCGAUGAGAACGCCAUGCAAACAGCCGUCUGACAGGCUGUGCUGUGAUGAAGAUCUUGGUAGGAAGCUGGCAGUGGCUGAACUGGAAGUUCUUCAUUUGAACGAGUUCUUCAAGCAAGCCACACAAAAAUAUACAGAGGACAUCAGGAAACUGGAGGAGAAGAUAAAGACGAGGGAUCGUUACAUCAGCAGUCUGAAGAAGAAGUGUCAGAGGGAGAGCCAACAGAACCAAGAAAAACAGCAACGCAUAGAGACACUGGAGAAAUACCUGUCUGACCUGCCGACACUGGACGAGGUGCAGGCCCAGGCCCAGCAGCAGGAGGAGGUGCAACAGAAAGCCAAGGAUCUGGAAAAAACAGCAUCUCGCUUACAGCAGAGCCUAGAAGAAGGGUUUGCUCUGAUGAAGGAGAAAGACGUCAGCAUUGAAAUGCAGGCCAUGAGGGAGAAGGAGCUGAUGGCAUCUGUACAAAGCCUGCAGCAGAAGGUGCAGCACUGCUUGGAUGAUGGGGUGAGGUUGCCCAUGCAGGACCUGAAGCGGCUUGAGGUGGAAAACACUCAACUCCUGGAGCAGCAAAACCACAGCAGCAGGCUGAUCGAGCACCAGAAAGAGCGGAUAGAGAGGCUGACCUUGCAGCUUACGGCCACCAGUACAAGACUGCAAAAAAAGAAAGGUCUCUCUCAUCGACAGCAGUCCUCUCUGCUAGAAAAGGAGGACAACCUGACCCCCCCAUCCAGAGCCUUACCACAGCAGCGACAGGUGGAUGAAGGGCUGCCAGUGACUCCCUUGUCCCAUGUGGAGAUGCCUGAACUGGGCCGGCUGCUCAAAGAGAUGUCCCUGUGUCUGCUGGACCUCCAGGCUCUCUGCAGCAUCCUGGCUCAGAGAGCACAGGGCAAAGAGCCCAACCUGUCUCUGCUUCUGGGCAUGAAAUCACUGAGUGUUUCGGCGGAGGAGAGUGACAGCAGAGAGGUGGUGGAAGAAGAACUGCGGUUUAAGCUGCUGGAGGUGGGCCAGCUCAGGAGAGACAUCGAUGAGCUGAGGAAAAGCAUCUCAGACCGCUACGCUCAGUAUAUGGGUGACAGCUGUGUCUCCCAGUGACACCCAGGACCCUCCAGCUCUGAUGGCUCAGUGUUUGUUUUGACUCUUUUACUUCCAUAUACUUCAGAGAUAACCACAUCAAGAUUAAUAAUAAUAAUAUAUUUACUGUAACAAGAAUGAUAAGGUCCAUAACAAUGCAGGCUUUCCACAGACAAGUGAUGUGUGUCGUCUUCAUGAUGUGGUUUGUACAUGAUAACGCAUAGUGUUAACAUGUCAUGUAGACCAGUCAUGUUGUUCAGCCUACCCUCAAUAUGGCGUUGUUGGCCUUCACAUUUAUUUUGUUGUGCGCCAGAGCUCGCCCAAAGUGAACCACAAACCUCAGUUUGGUGUUGGACUCAGGACCAGUUUUCUGUAUCACACCAGUUCACAAUUUUGAUAUAUCAAACAUACCAAACUUUCCUGGGUAAAAGCCUCGGAUCCAGAAAGAACUUAAAAAUUAGCCUAAGUGUGAAGACACCUUCCAACAGUGAACUGCCAGAAACUACACAACUGAAGGAAAGCCUGUUGAGAGAGAUGAGGUGUUAGGUCAGACUGGUUUUCUAAUCUCAUCUGCUAUGAGUCCUCCAUCCCAUUUGACCACAAAGGUCAUAUGUUCCUACCUCUGAAUAUGACCCACAGGACCGUGGGUAACUUUGUGGUUAGAUUCAGGAAAAAGAUCAUGGUUUGACUUAAAGUAAGUAUUACUGUUACUAAAAAAGACCUGCAGUCUUUUUUAUGUCUUUUUGUAUGUCAUGUGACACAGAGUCCUGCACAGGUCCAUUUUUUAAAACCCUCACCUGCCCAUACCUGUAAAGCUCAGUACCAGAACCGACCCAUUACCUGUCAUUAUGUCGAAGUCAAAGCCGCACCCGCCCAUACCCAUUACUAAAAGUAUAUAUACUGCACAUCUUUUUCAUUUGUUUUAUUCUGAAAUGUUACACAGCUUUUUGAGGGUUACCCCAACCCGGUGCAGGACUUCUGAUGUGACAUCUGAUGUAACGUCAUCACACACGUGUCAUAUGUGCUACAUUAAUAAUAAUAACUGAACGCUGACUUUUAGUUUCACAUGGGACACGAACACCCAUCUCCUGGAUGACAGUCCAGUACAGCAGACUUCGAAGCUCUUAUUGCUAAGCCACCUGACUUCUUCCUCUGCUCCUAUAGUAAUUACUAUGGCCACUAGGGGUCACCUCCUAGCAACAAACACAGUUAUGAGCCGCAAUUUCUGCUUGUGAAAACAACCUAUGUGGUUGUAUUUUGAAGGACAGUCUCAUUUAUCACACACUAAACCAACAUCCUUAUGGCCACACAACUCAAUAUUUUUAAGUUGACGAUGGAUCAAAUUAUCUGUAAAAAGGUGCUGCUUGUAGUGAUGAAUUCAGUGAAUGAAUUCAAACUGUGCAGUUCAGCUCAGCUUUAUGGAGCGUUUUAUUUGUACCUGUGUAUAUAAGCAACUGUUAUAAGGUGAUAUGUGAAUAUUGUAUUUACAGCUUGUUAUGCUGCCCCCAAGUGGCCCAAAAAUUUGUUAAUUUCUAUGAAUACUACAAGCUUGCAUUGCUUGUUAAUAAGCUUAAAUAAGCAGAGAAAUUAUGGAACGCAGAAGGGCUUUGAACAUCUAUUUUGACAUUUAAUUGAUAAUUAAAUUAAUAAUUAAUAUAAAUUAAUAAUUGAUAAGUCAAAUUUGUUUGUCUUAACAGGUAAAAGGAGCCUAUCCCAGCUGACAUUGGGCGAGAGGCAGGGUACACCCUGGACAGGUCGCCAGACUAUCGUAGGGCUGACACAUAGAGACAGACAACCAUUCACGCUCACAUUCACACCUACGGACAAUUUAGAGUUACCAAUUAACCUAGUCCCCAAUCUGCAUGUCUUUGGACUGUGGGAGGAAGCCGGAGUGCCCGGAGAGAACACGGGGAGAACAUGCAAACUCUGCACAGAAGGGCUCCCACGCCCAGGAUUGAACUGGCAACCCUCUUGCUGUGAGGCGAGAGUGCUAACCACCACACCACCGUGCCGCGGGGCUCUCAAUAACAAGUUUAAAUUCUAAAUUCAGACUUUUUCCAGCGUGUCCGAACUGCAUGCUGGGUAACAUGCAAACUAGCUGCCUGGCGUCACGCCCAGAGUAAAUUAAAGCAAAAAACAAAGAAAUUAGGAACUGGCUUGUUCACUCUAAAGAGCCGGUUUACUCCUUCACUUCAAAAAGCUGGUUCAAAGACUUGACUCGUUUGCGAAUGUCACAUCACUACCUUUGGCCUUUAGCCUCUGUCGCUGAACAGGAACUGUUGUUUUCCUGUUGUAACAGUACAUAACAAUACACGCAGACAGCAUGCUAAUCCUCUUUUCUGGAGCGAUUAGGAAAUAAAACACGUGGAACCUGUACCUCAGACAAUAUAACAUGAUCAUACCUGUGAUCAUCUCUAACAGCCAUCUCAAGGCAUUGGUUGUUUUCCUUUUUAACCGAGCGCGUUAGCAAUUAGCUUCCCUUGCUCCGUUAGCACAUUGUUAAAUUUAACAGAGAGUGAGCUAGCUCACGGUCAACAGGUACUCCAAAAAGAUGAUUUAUGAUUUCUUAUGACUCAUGAACAGACAGUAACACGAGGCAAUCAGUUUACAUAAUUCUUAAUUUUAGCUCCAUGUAAAGUGAACAAGCGUGACGUUUACCAGAUAACGCUCCAUUUACAUCACUGCUGACUUACUAAAUUGGAGUUCUGCCGAGUGAAACAUGACGCUGAAUUCAGCAGCAAACCUCAGUAAAAUCAGUAACAUAAAGUCGUAAAACAAAUAACUUUCGGCAUUCAUUUCAUAUGAUAUUGAAUAAUGAUGGCAAAUAAGUAACACACUCAGAAUAGAGUCAACACUAUGCCCAGUGUACUCUAAUUUAAUUCUGCCCUUUUUGUUCAACAAAAGGUUGAAAGCACACUGAUUUGCAAUUCUUUGAGCCUCUCCAAGAGCGCCAUCUAGUGGGCUCAGAAAAUAAAUAAAUUGCUUCAUGAGGCUUCAUGAGGCCAUCACUAUAUUAAACAUCUUAAGACAUCAGAAAUGUACUUGUUAACAGGGCAUUUUCUGUCAUCUUAAGGUGCAUUUGAUGUGUGGAGACGUUUUAUUUGUACCUGUUAAGAUGAACAAAUUUACCUUAUUAAUACGAAUGUUAAAAUAGACAUUUAGAGCCCUUCCACAUUCCAUAAUGAAAUCCCACCUCAGCUAUGUGGAUCUCAUGCAUCUCUCCUGUUGGUGGUGCAUAUUAGACUUGCAGAUGUCGCAUAACUGUUAGAAACUUUUAUCUUUAUAAAUUUUAAUGUCUUAAAAGCAAUAUGAAGUGUGCAGAUGCUCUGCCAACCACCUGAUUAAAGCUAAACAUAGGACCCUUUAAUAAUCAAUGGGCAGUUUAUAUUUAACUAAUAACUCAUCAGGUGAUACUAAGCUGUUCCAAGAGGUGUUAUUUUACAGUGAUCAUGUCAUAUAUCAUUUGUCAUCUGUCACUUGUUAAAUGCUUAUUGUUUCCAAAAUUGUUGGGGGAAUUUUGAGCCAAAGACGCUGAAAGAGCAAACUUAAACAGCACAAUGCACUUUGUGAUAGAUUUUGUCUUCUGUGCAACCACACAGGUAACUAAGCUUAAUCUAUCACACAAACAAACUGACAUAUUUUUUGUCCGUGUGAUUUAAUAAUAUUGAAGUAGUAUAACCAACCGUGAAAACCAAACCAAAGAUCUGUUUGGUUAUUUAGAUGAGUCCACCUGUGGAUGUUUGAACAAGCCACUGGCUGGCUUGUUACUCUGUAUAAGAUAUUAGUCUUUGUUUGAUAUUAUUUCAGUUUCAAUGAAUGCCAAAGGACUGUGUUGUUUUUCUUUGUUCAGAUGGCAAAUAAAAUUAUUUUUCUAAA